UUAUUAUAUAUGUUAGUGCAGUUAAUAAAAUUGAAAUAUUACAAUUAUCAAGUUAAUUAAUUUAAAAAAAAAUGAAAUUUGCAGAGCACUUAAAUGCUCAUAUUACACCAGAAUGGAGAAAACAAUAUAUAAAUUAUGAGGAAAUGAAAGCGUUGCUCUAUGCAGCAGUAGAACAAGCACCAGCUGCAGAUAUAACAGAAUCACAUAUAUUAGAACGUUAUUUUAAUAAAUUUGAUGAACAAUUUUUUCAUUAUUGUGAUAAAGAGUUAGCAAAAAUAAAUACAUUUUAUUCAGAAAAAUUAGCAGAAGCAACGCGUAGAUUUGCAACUCUCAAUAAUGAAUUAAGUGAAAUUCUAUCUGCUUCUGAAAAUGGACAAGGAAAUCAUAAAAUCCGUUAUCGUAAUAAUAUUUUGCAUAAAAAGCCAGUUUCAGCACGAAAACUUCAAGAAUUAAAAUUAGCUUUUUCUGAAUUUUACCUUUUUCUUAUUUUACUUCAAAAUUAUCAGAAUCUUAAUUUUACUGGAUUUAGAAAAAUAUUAAAAAAACAUGAUAAACUUUUAAAUAUAGAUCUUGGAGCAAAAUGGAGAGCAGAACAUGUAGAUACAGCAUUAUUUCAUACUCAUAAAGAUAUAGAUAGACUCAUUGCAGAAACAGAAGCAUUGGUUACCAGAGAUUUAGAACAUGGAGAUAGACAACGUGCUAUGAAACGUUUAAGAGUUCCUCCUCUUGGAGAACAACUUUCUCCAUGGAUUACAUUUAAAGUGGGACUUUUUUCAGGGGCUUUUAUUGUUCUUCUUAUAGCAGUAAUACUUUCAGGUGCACGUUACAGGAAUAAUAAUAAUUGGCGAGUUUUAUGUAGAUUAUAUCGUGGACCACUUCUUAUGAUUCAAUUUCUUUUUCUUAUGGGAAUUAAUGUAUAUGGAUGGAGAUCUUCUGGUGUAAAUCAUGUUUUAAUAUUUGAACUUGAUCCUCGAAAUCAUUUAUCAGAACAGCACAUUAUUGAAAUGGCUAGUGUGUUUGGAUUAGUUUGGUCUUUAUCAAUUUUAGGUUUUUUAUAUAGUGAAACAUUGGGAAUACCACCAUUUGUUCAACCUAUGUUAUUAUAUAUAUUACUAGCUUUAUUUUUGUUUAAUCCAACAAAAACAUUACGUUAUGAAGCUAGAUUUUGGGCACUCCGUGUAUUGGGUAGGAUAUUUUGUGCGCCGUUUUUUUAUGUUGGAUUUGCUGAUUUCUGGCUAGCUGAUCAACUUAAUUCUCUACAUACUGUUUUCUUAGACUUUCAAUAUUUUGUUUGCUUUUAUGUACAAAAUUCUUCGUGGACCACUGUCACUGAUGCUGAAACUUGUAUUAUGCGCGAACUUUCAAUGAGACCAUUUGUGGCUUGUUUGCCAGCAUGGUUCCGAUUUGCACAAUGUUUACGGCGAUAUAGAGAUACAAAAGAAGCUUUUCCUCAUCUUAUGAAUGCAGCAAAAUAUGCUACUAGUUUUUUCGUUGUAAUAUUUUCUUACUUACAUUUAACUAAUGCUAAGUAUUAUGUAUUAUCUACUGAAAAUCCUUAUUUUUAUUUGUGGAUAACUGCAAGUAUUAUGAGUUCUUGUUUUACAUAUACAUGGGAUAUAAAAUUAGAUUGGGGAUUAUUUGAUAGUAAUGCAGGAGAAAACAAAUUUCUUAGGGAAGAAAUUGUUUAUUCUUCUCCAUAUUAUUAUUAUUUUGCAAUAAUCGAAGAUUUUAUACUUCGUUUUGGUUGGGCAUUUUCAUUGUCUCUUACUGAAAUGGGAUACGUACAUGCAGAUUUAAUGGUUUCUAUAAUCGCACCAUUAGAAGUAUUCAGGGUGUUCCAAAAUUCACGCAAGAUUUGAAUUUUGCGCCAUUUGUGCGGUAAAGUAUUGCCAAUGAAAAAAAAAGACAGCAUGAUAGCUGAUAGUUCAGGAUUAUUAAAAAUGGAGCGCUAUACGAAAGAACAACGUGUUUUCAUUGUUAAGCAAUAUUUUAAAAAUAAGGUUUGCUAGCUACAGUUCGCAAUUUUCAUACAAAAUAUCGAAAUAAUCAGAAUAGAUUUUUUCAUCAACUGUGAAGAGAUUAUUUAAAAAAUUUAGAGAAAUUGGAUCAAUUAGUGAUCUUAAACAUUCUGGCCAUCUUUCAACAAAUCAUUCAAUAUAAAACAUCGAAGCAGUUUGUGAGAAUAUUGCUGAGAAUUCAGGGACAUCAAUUCGACAUUAUGGUCAAGAAUUGAAUAUUUCGAGAAGUUCUCUAUAGUUCUCUAUAUAUAAUAUUCUUACGAAAGAUUUACAUCUUCAUACUUACAAAGUUUAAUUGACUCAAGAACUAAAGUCUACUGACCAUGCAAUAAAACUUAUUGACAACGAAUAGAGUUCAUUGAAUAGAUUAUAGAACAACAAGUGGAUGCUGAUUUUUUAAACAAAAUCAUCUUCAGCAAUGAAGCUCAUCUUUUCAUCUUGAUGGAUUAGUUAAUCAACAAAAUUGUCUUAUUUGGGGUUCAAAAAAACUCACAAGUGAUUGUUGAGAAACAAAUACAUCCAUAACAUGUUACUAUUUGGUGCAGAUUUUGGGCUGAAGGCAUCAUCGGAUCAUUUUUUUUCGAAAAUGCGGCUGGUCAGGUAAUAAUGAUUCUCGUUCACAUCGCAACAUGAUCCAAUUUUUUGUGCUUAAAUUGUAAGAUAUGAAUGAACGACAUAUAAUUUCAAUAUGAUUUCAUAAUGCCAUAUGCUAUACAGCCCGAGAAACAAUUUAAUUAUUGUAUGAGUUAUUUCCUUCAUGUAAUUUCCCAUUUUGGUGAUUAAAAUUGGCCGUCCAGAUCGUGCGAUUUAACGCCAUUGGAUUUUUUUCUUUGGGAUUCCUUCAAAUCUAAGAUUUAUGCUGAUAAGUUCACGAUCAUUCACACCUUAAAGAAGGAAAUUGAACGCUGUAUCAACGAAAUUCAGCCACAUUUAUGCAAAAAGCAAGAGUGCGUAUGUGUUGGAGGCCAUUUAUCCGAUAUGCUGUUCCAUACAUAACCCUAUAUUAUAUAUUUUAUAAAUCAAUAAAAAAUUUACAAUUUUUAAUUAUAAA